AUGAAAGAGUGCCGUGUGGUGAUGCACAAGCUCUCUGAUGCUGCUGUCAAGAGGGGCUGGCAUGCUGAGCUGAACCUCAUCCAAACACCUGAGGCCCAGCAAGCGCCGAGUCCAUCGUCCUGCGUGGCUGGCAAGAUGGAAGCGCAAGUCGAGACUUCUGAUGCACAAGCAGCCCGCCAACUCCUCUCGCUCGCCCCUGCCGUGCCUGAUAUGGAGGGCAAGAAAAAAGAGCAGCCUGCAUCCGAGAUCGAUUCUGUAUACCAUGCUGGCAGCGUCAGCGCUUCUGCAGCAUCGUGCUCCCAGGAACACAGCAACAGGCUUACGUAUUCCCAGCGUAGAUUUACUGAUGCCGUAGUUACAACCCAACUGAAACAACCCCUACCUAUUGAGCAGUCGACCUCAAAUACACACUCAUGCUUGGACUGUGAAUUUCGUUGCAGUUCUGAACAGCAACUCCAGCGACACAUUCGUGCAGAACAUUCAAAAGAAGGAAACUUCAGAUGCUCUAAAUGUGAAUAUAUGUGUUCCAGUAAACGAUACCUCAAAUGCCAUAUUCUUAACAGGCAUACAUCGGAGAUGCCUUUAAGUUGCUCAGAAUGUGGACAUACUUGCGUCACUAAAAGCGAUCUGAAGAAACAUAUACUAUACAAGCAUUCCACUGUGAAACCUUUCAAGUGCUCGGAUUGUAAAUAUUCUUUCGUCACUAACAGCGACUUGAAAAGGCAUGUAUUAUCCAAGCAUACAACUGGGACACCUCUACGCUGCACUGAGUGUGAAUAUGUUUGUGCCUCUGAAAGAAAUCUGAAAUGGCAUGUCUUGUCCCAUCAUUCAUCAGAGAAGCGUCUCNAUCAU